AUGUAUAACGAAACAUCGUGGCUUGUUACCACUGCGACUUGGAAUAGAUCAUCUUUUAACAAUGAUACAGAAACAACUGGUCCCACCAUUUACGUCUUUACUCCUGCUCCAUACGCGGCAAAACACGUCCUCUGCUUCCUCCUGGCUUUUCUUGGCGGAACUGGAUUUGUAGGUUGCUGUCUCAUCCUUUAUUUUUUGUGGAAAAAGCCCAAACCAAAUCCACUACAGGCACACUCCUUUGCGAAGAAUCUAACCAUGUAUGUAAGAAGUCUUUGCCUGUCAGACCUGCUUUCUUGUGCGGCAUCCUUGCCUCUUGUCUGUUUGCAGAUGUCGUUCGAUGUGUUCCAAAGCGGCUGGGCUUGUAAGAUAGUUCGAUACCUAAACUUCGUCUUUCCUGUCAUCACGAUCAACAUUCUAGUAGUGAUAAGUCUCGAGAAGUAUUUGUCAACUCGCCCUAUCCCACGAACAUUUCGUGUCUCGACAGUGCGGAAAAUGAUUAUAGGAGCAUGGUUAUUAGGAAUUCUUGUGAUGCUGUUUCCCGCAGCCGCGUACGAUGGAAUACGAGUCAACCUUAACGACUCUCAUUACACUGUCAUAUGUGGAAAUGUUGAGCUUUUCUAUCCGUUCAAAAUAACACUUAUUCUCUUCCCAAUACAAUUCCUACUUCCCACUGUAUUUAUCAUAUACGUUAAUGUAUCUUUAAUCAGAACUGUAUGGAUAAAGCGUAAAAGACAACUUUCUUGUAAUAUGAACAAUGCGUUCAAGGCUCAUUUGAGAGCCACACGAAUCAAAGGAAUAUCUCUUCUUAUAGCCCUGACAUUCGCCUUUAUUUUUCCCUUCUCUCUCUUUGUAGUCAAUAUAGCUUAUACGCAGAUUGCUAAACCACAACGUGAUUUCUCAACUGACUAUAUGAUACGUUAUGGUUCUGGCAGUAUAGCAUUUCUAAACCCUCUGUUAAACGUCAUAAUUUACUUCGCUCAGAUGAAAGACUUUCGUGAAUUUUUAAGGAAGCGUUUUUUUCCGAAAAAGGAAUAA